AAAAGUAAAACGCAAUAAAGCAACAAAAUGAGACCACAGAUUCAUAGCCGAUAAGGAGUGCAUAUAUAUAGCAGUGUAAACCACCGUAAUCUGUCUCUCUCUACAAUAUUGAUCAUCUCAGAUGGCGUUUACUGCUUCGACUCGACCUUUGUUGAACCUUCAGCUAUCACGAUUGCAGCCACUACCACUUCAUCAAUCCAAGAAAUCAAAAACCCUCUUCCCUAACAAUUACACCAACUUCAACUGCCCACACCCAUGUUCCAGAAGCAACUUAUCAUCUUCCUCUGUUGGUCAACUUAGAUAUUCCAUAUACACGAAAAUGCCCAUGAUCUCCGGUGGUAGACUGAGAUUGAAGGUUCGAGCUUCUUCAGCUUCAGGGGAAGAAGCAAAGUCGCUUGAUUCUGACUCAGCAUAUCAAGAGGUUUUUGCUUGGUCAUCUGUUAUUGUGCCGUUUCUCUUCCCAGCUUUGGGUGGUUUAUUAUUUGGCUAUGACAUUGGUGCAACCUCUGGUGCUACAAUCUCAUUGCAAUCACCUGAGCUCAGUGGCAUAACUUGGUACAAUCUCUCAGCGGUUCAGCUUGGUUUGGUGGUCAGUGGUUCUCUUUAUGGGGCUCUUCUUGGUUCUCUUCUUGUCUACCCAAUUGCAGAUUUCCUAGGGAGAAGGCGGGAACUUAUAUUAGCUGCAGUUUUAUAUGUGCUCGGUGGUUCGAUAACAGCCUAUGCUCCAGCCCUUUAUGUUCUUUUAAUAGGCCGACUUCUUUAUGGCCUUGGUAUUGGUUUGGCCAUGCAUGGGGCUCCUCUCUACAUUGCUGAGACGUGCCCAUCUCAAAUUCGUGGAACUCUUAUUUCUUUAAAGGAACUCUUCAUAGUAUUGGGGAUUUUGUCUGGUUAUUUUGUAGGUAGUUUUCAGAUAAAUGCAAUUGGGGGGUGGCGUUUCAUGUACGGAUUUAGUGCGCCAAUUGCUUUGUUAAUGGGAUUAGGCAUGUUGAGUCUACCGCCAUCUCCACGUUGGUUACUUCUCAGGGCGGUUCAAGGCAAAGGAUCCUUCCAGGAGUACAAGGAGAAGGCUGUCAUUGCUUUGAGCAAACUAAGGGGCAGACCUGCUGGUGACAAAAUAUCCGAGAAGCAAGUAGAAAACACCCUUGUCUCGUUGAAAUCUGCCUAUACCGAUCAAGAAUCUGAUGGAGGUUUCUUGGAGGUGUUUCAGGGAUCAAGUUUGAAAGCAUUUAUAAUAGGUGGAGGCUUAGUCCUUUUUCAACAGAUAACUGGGCAGCCAAGUGUCCUAUAUUAUGCCGGUUCAAUACUUCAGACUGCUGGAUUCUCUGCGGCUUCUGAUGCUACACGAGUUUCAGUCAUCAUUGGUGUGUUUAAGUUGUUGAUGACAGGAAUUGCUAUCCUGAAAGUUGAUGAUCUUGGGAGGAGACCCUUACUGAUUGGAGGUGUCAGUGGGCUUGCCCUUUCAUUACUCCUCCUUUCAGCUUAUUACAAAGUACUUGGAGGGAUCCCUUUUGUUGCUGUAGCCGCUUUACUUCUCUAUGUUGGCUGCUACCAGAUAUCUUUUGGACCUAUCAGUUGGCUAAUGGUAUCUGAGAUAUUUCCGCUUCGCACUAGAGGGAAGGGAAUUAGUCUUGCAGUUCUUACAAACUUUGGUUCUAAUGCCAUUGUGACCUUUGCUUUUUCACCAUUGAAGGACUUGCUGGGGGCAGAAAAUCUUUUCCUUCUUUUUGGAGCAAUUGCUUUGCUAUCGCUUCUCUUUGUGGUACUAGUUGUUCCAGAGACGAAAGGAUUGAGCUUGGAAGAAAUUGAAUCCAAAAUCUCGAAGUGAAAGCUAAAAUUUGGCAGAGCUAUCAUAAUGACCUUCCAGUUUCCGAAACUUGGUUAAUUUGUAAACCUAUUUUUCAGUGUGGCAUUAGGAGGUCGUCAUGACCAUUAUUACUGUGAAUCUGGUGUAUCACUCUUAUUUAUUUAUUUUUUUUUUUCACUUAUCACAUGUGUAUGAAAACGUAAUUCUACUAGUUGUCCAUUUUAUUUUUAUUUUAAAUUUUUUUCUGAGGUUUGACUACAACCAAG